CUCGGCAGCCAAUGUCUGGCUGGAGCGCAGCCUGGAGCGCUGAUUGGACGCGGCGGCGGCCCCGCUGUCUCUUGCUGGGGGAAUCCCAGUGACCCGUAGAAUAUACAGCGGCUCCCGGUCAAGCGCCUGCAGACGGAGCGGGGUUUUCUGCGGGGAAGGAUCUCGCCGGCACAAGACAGCUCGCCCCGUGCGUCGCCUUUGCAAACAGAGAGCCAAAAUGCCACAAGCAAGAAUGCGCAUGAGGCCCUGGCUGGAGCUGCAGAUUAAUUCUAAUAAGAUUCCAGGACUUGUAUGGCUCAACAAGGAAGAACAGUUGUUCCAGAUCCCGUGGAAACAUGCAGCCAAGCAUGGCUGGGAGCUUGAAAAAGAUGCAUGCCUUUUCAGAAACUGGGCUGUCCACACUGGAAGAUAUAAAAAGGGUGAAAUACAGCCUGAUCCUAAAACUUGGAAGGCGAAUUUCCGCUGUGCUAUGAAUUCAUUACCCGAUAUUGAAGAAGUGAAAGACAAAAGCAUUAGCAAAGGUUCUAGUGCAGUCCGGGUCUACAGGAUGCUGCCUCCUUCAGCAAAGUUACAGAGGAAAGAAAAGAAGCCAAAGUCCUCAAAAAUCAAGACUGGGAGAAAGUCAGUGGAAGAUAUCAAGGUAGAGGAGACAGUCGAAGCAACAAAGAGCAUUCAGCUACCAGAUGACCACAGAGGUUACUCUCGUCACAGUUACCUACCAGAGGAAAUGGAGCCAGAGAGCACGUCCAUCACAUUAGAUUCUGAUGAACUCUCCACGUGUGACUUAGGCAAUUCCCUGUCUGAUUGGAGACCAACAAUUGAAAUGCACCUGCCUGACAGCACAAAUGACUCUUACUCAUUUCAAGUGUCACCUCUCGCUUCCUCUUCUAAUGCAACAGAUGAAGAUGAUGAAAAUUUGACCAUCUUUUGCCAGCUGUUAAGCAACUCUGACUGGCAACAGACCUGUGUGGGUGGAAAAGGCUAUCUCAGCAAUGAGGCUGGCACACAAAGUAGCUUUGAUAUUGGCUUCCAGGAGCAGGAUGCAGCCAUUGAUACAACAAGCUCAGAAACUAUUCAAAUUGAUGCAAGAACCAGUCUGGACUUCUCUUUGUUGGAGUCCCUACGAGUGACAACUUUGCACCCAAUAACUUGCAGCAAUUAAAUUCCCUUUCUUCACCAUGACAGUUGCUCUAUUUUUCUCCAUGAUACCUUCUAUGAAACAGAAGCAAGUUGGAAGUGCUUCUCUGGAUGUUUGGAACUGAGAAGUCCUAGCCAACAAAAUGUCAUUCGAGUUUCAAAACAAACUACUCUGGUAGAACUGUGCGCACUUCAGCUUACUUGACUACAUCAGGAGCAAAUUCAGUCAUCUUUGCUGCUUCCCUCCUCAAAUUGUUCACACAUUACCACAAAGUGAAAAGGUGUUUUGUGCCUGAAACAAAUGGACAUACAUUUUCAUCCUAAUCACAGCAUACAGUUGCCAUUAUUGCCAGGUUGUGAAAGUACUUGUUAAGUUAAUGGCAGUUCAGUUAUGUGUUUUUCCAUUCAACCAAAUGUUUCCCACCUUUUAAUUUCAGUAGCACAUCUCAGCCACCUCUCAGGACCCCAGUCUUGUACAUAGGUUUAGCUCAUUUGAAUGUGAAAAAUCAGAUACCAACUUUGCUUUCAUAUGUUAGAUAGUCAGGACAUUUACUCAUAGGACAGGCUUCUGGUUUCAUUAUAAGUAACCUUUUCCAUGUAAUUGUCAUACCAUUUUUUCAGGUAAGUAAUAGGUUUGGAGUUCUUUCCAUGCUGAAUGGUGUGAUUUACACUUUAUUUAUGUCACACCACUAACAAGAGCCAUCUUCCUGGAUUGUGUUGCAAGUCCAUAGAAUUCCUAGCAGUAUGUAUUCAUUUAGUUGCAAAUAAUAGUUACUGACCCAGUUACAAUAGUGAAAUGCAAGGUGUUGGCUUUAACAAACUAUCAAUUCACAGAGCUGCAACCCUAGUUUUCCUUGUACAUAUGUGUUUGUAUAUAAAAGUUCGUGCAAUUAUUUUAAUAAAGAUUUUAUAUAUUUUGUUUCAUGUUA